CAAAGAUUUUGAAAAUGGCUGACAAAGAUCAAAAUGUAACUGAGGAAUUUACUUCUUCACAACCAGGAUACAAAGUAACUACAAAAACCACUACUUACAAGGUGAGCAAUGGGAGUGGAUUCACUGACCACUCAGAGUCAAUGGAGUUCUCCUCCACUCCUACAAAGACUACAGUGCAUGAAAAAAGGAUUGAGAUUACCCAUUCGUUUGGGCUAGUCCAAUCUGAAAUGAACAAGCUAGGAAAAACCAAAGACUUUUACUCGAGACUCAGGGACAGGAGAAACAAUUUUGAUUCUCAAGUCCAAUCCUUCACUCAGAAGAUCGAAGAAGGAGGCAAAGGCGUCAAGAGCCAGGUGAAGAACCUCGAGAGCCAGACAGAUACUCUAUCCCUUGACUUGAGAGACAUCAGUGAGCAAAGUUCAAAGAAAGAGAAAAUGAUUGCUGAAAUUCAGAUGAAAUCUGCCACCAAUCUCAAUGGCUACAAGAAGAAAGAAGCUGAAAUUGACGAGACCUUCACAAACACUAGCAAGGACAGAGAUACCCAGCUGAUUGAAUAUCUUGAGAAGCUAAGAAAAGCCCAGAAAGAAAUGGAAGCCCUUGUCGAAAACUCCGUUAAGGAUAGAGAGGCUAUUAGAAAGAAGCUCGAAGAUGUCCAAAGACAGGUUAUAUAUGCGAAAGACCCCAAGUUCCUCCCAGAAAGCCUUAGAAACAGUGAGAAGGAGAAAAACCAACUCUCCCAGAACUUGGAUACGCUCAAACAAAACGUAGCUGCAUUGAAGGUUCAAGUUGAAGAAGUUGAGACUAGAAAUGAUAAGCUAGAAAGAGAGGUUGGAGCUUUGAACACUCAUAACGAGAUCAAUAAGCCAAUUCAAGAGGAAAGAGAAUCUCUCAUAGCUAAGACUCAGGAGUUGUCUGCCUCUCAACACAAACUCUAUACUGAAAAUAUCCAAAAAAUCAAGCUGCUUCACCAACUUGAACUUGAAAUUACUGAAAGAAGAACUGUUUUCCCAAUCUUAAGAAAUAAAUUGAAUGCUUCUAUCAUAGUCCUGGAUGAGAACAUUGAUGGGCUUGAGAAAGACAUCGAAGUCAUUGACGACGGCACCAAACAGAUGGACAAAAAGGUAGAUGACCUCAGGUCCAAAGUACAGAGCCCAGUCUUUGUCAACGCUUUAGAAAGAAUCCAACAAAGAUUGAAGAAUCUAAACGGUGAAAACCAAAAGAAUGGAGGCGAGAAAGAUCAAGUCAGGAAAGAUACCACAGAUCAUAGACUCAAAUUAAAUGAAGUUGAUUUCUUCAAUCUCACUCAGGAAGAGAUCAGAGUCUACAUCACUAACCUUAAGAAGGUAAAGGAUGGCUACAAUGGAUCAAACAAAACCAAAGAUGACCAUAUGAGGGAAUACAAAAAGCUUCAAGAUGAGCUGGAUGACCUUCAGAAAGAUAUCCUAGCUGAGUACGAGAAGAACAUCAAGGUUGUUCACAAGAGAAGCGAUGCUAAUGUCAAAGACACAUCUUCAAACCUUGACAAAGCCAAGGUCUUGAUCACUGAGCUUGGAGAUACUCUUGAUUCUGAAAAUCCAGCCAUGGGAAAAUUCAUCAAGGAAUAUGAAAACGCUAGAAACCAACACUCAGAUGUAAAGGGAAAUAAUGGGGACCACCAAAGAUGUAUGACUGAGUUCUCUAACAGAAAUAUGGAUGGAGAUGAUCACCUUACCUUCCUUAUCACUCUCAACGAAGACCAACUGGUGACCGAUAGUGGUAUCCAAGACAACAAGAAGAAUUCUGAGAAUCUUCUUGCCAUGCUCAUGAGGCUUAAGAAUGAUCUUGACGAAGAAGACAAGAGUGCUAAAGACGAUAUCCUCAACAAAGCUAAGAAUCUUCUGAUGUCUAAGUACAAAAAGUUAGAAGAUCUUGAAGAGAAACUCAAGGAGCUUGAAGACGGAGAGAUGAAGUAUUUCAGAUCCCUUGACCUUGCCUUACAAAUUGUGGGCAAAGACCACCCUGAAUACUCAGACCUCUCUGCAAUUGACAAAAAUUCAGGAGUAAGCAAGCAACUGAGAAAAGAUAAAAAUAAGCUCGAAGAUGAAUUUGAAGAUCUCAAACAACUUAUUGAUAAUGCUGAUCCAAAAGCUAUGACUAUGAAGCAAGUCUUAGAAAUCCAAUCCAGAACAGAAGGAGCGGUAGAAGAGCACGGAAGAGUUGACAAAGAAAUUAAUGACGGCCUCAAUAAUCUUAGAUUGAUCGUCAUUUACCUUGACAAACUUCUCGUAACUCUCAGAGAUAGGAUCAAGAAAGAAUCUGACGAGAAGGUUGCCGAUCUGAGCAAAAAGAUUGAGUUCCUUGUAAGGUUCCUGACUCCAGAGAAUGAAGAAGCAGAUAGUAUCCAGAGACCAACUAAAUUGAAGGAGUUACUAGAUCAAACUUCCCUUUCUAGAGAUGAUCCAGAAUAUGCUCAAUACAAGACCUAUGUUGAACUUGUAACAACAAAUCUCACGAAAUGCAACUAUGCUGCUAAUGAUUUGAAGAGACUCAACAAGGACACCUCAAAGGUCUUGAAAGAGUAUGAUUCAAAGAGUCUUCCACAAGAUGUUAUCACAGAUCAGAUCGAAUACAUCCAGGAGUCGGCUGAAAUUUUAAAAGAUAAUGAAAAACCAUCUGAAGAGCUCACAGUGGUUGUCACAAGCAUCCUCAAAGAACUCGAUUCAGAAAAAGAAGAAGAGAUCAGAAACUUCUUAGACCACCUCAAGUCUCAAAGAGAGCAAGCUGGAGAGGAAAAGCUCAACCAGCUCCUUCAUGAUGUCGAUGAGCUUGAAAAACUCUGGAAAGCAGUGAACCAGGACAAUGAUUCCUUCACAAAGGUGCUUAGCAAGGCUAAAAUUGGUGCUAAAAGCAGAGAGAAAGUCAAGCUGGCAGACACCCUCAUCAAAGAGAGUGAAGUCGAUCAAAAAGACUUGAGAGAGGUCAAGAAAGAUAUUGAUCUGAUCAAGAGUGAGUCAAGAAGAUAUGACCUUUCCAGGAUCACAGUGGAAGAGAUCUAUAUCAUGAUCACCAAGAUUGAGACCUAUCUCAUCACAGUUGCCAAGCGUACUGAGGAAUGCCAGACAAUUCAAAUCAAUAUUGAUGAGAGGAAGAAGAGAUGGGAUGCUUUCCUUAAGGAGACAGAAGUUCUUGAAACCAUCAUCAACGAGUAUUUCUCUCUGCUCUCUGGACUCAGAGAGAAGUAUGAGAAAUUAAUUAAGUCUCAUAAUUUCUGCAGCAACUCUGUAGAUGGGUUCAUCCUUGUUAAUCAAAAAAUCCAAGAGAAUGAGCAUUACGAGACAAACGAAGCUCCAUGUGCUAAUAGAGAACAAAUUCAGGCUCAGCUUGGAGAACUUGAUUAUCAGAAGAACGAAUAUGCUCCAAAAGUUGAUGAAUAUGAAGCAUAUGAUGCUGCAAAGCUAAAGAAUCUUGAAGUGAGCGAAAUUGAAGCUCUGAUACAAAGCCUCACUUCUCUAAUCAACUCUAUUGACAACGAUAACCAAAGCUUAGACGAUGUCACAUUAUACCUCAAAGACGAAAGGAAGGAUUUCAAAAAUGGUGAUGUUUAUAACAACAGAAGUAGAAUUGAAGAGCUCCUAGAAACUGCAGAUCAAAAACUCCAAAGCUCAGUGAAUGAAUUUGAAGGUCUCAAAGAGACUCUCCAAGGAACGGAUAGCUCAGAUUCCAAGCUCACUGAAAAAAUCAAAGAAAUUGAGGGCCACAUUGUCAAAGCUGGAGAGACUCUUGAGCUUGCCAAAUCUGACUUCGAAAUUGUCAGCCAGGAUAUUGAAAGAGAGAACAUGGAUACUAGCAAGCUUGUCCUCCUAGCAAGCAUCAUUGAAAAGCUUGGCACAGUUGCAGCCUACCUCAAAGAAUGUGAUGAGAUCUUCGAGUUAAUCGAGAUUGCCUUCAAGGAGCUCCAGACUGAAUUAGUGGAUCUCUACUACUCCAAGAAACUCAUAGAUAUGAUCGGUGUAAUCAAAAUGCUCCUUGAAAGACUUGGAAGGCUUAGUGAUCUCAUUGAUAAGCUCAUUGCUCUUGCAGCAGAAUUCAACGGCUACACUAGCGACAACGAGGAAGAAGAGUUUGUAAAUUCCUUGGAAUCAGAACUAGCAGAAAUUAAAGAGCACCACACAGAUACUCAGGAUAAGUUAACUGCUCUUGAGCAAGAAAUAGAAGAACUCCAAGCUCUUCUCAAGCAAGAGAACCCUAUCAUUGACGAAGAGAAGGCUGACCAAGUUGACUCUAAAAUUGGAGAUCUUUCCAAAAUGAUUGAGAACAUUGAGAAAUUAGUAGAUUCCAAAAUUCAAAGAUUCGCUGAUAUGGAUCCUUACAAAAAGUUUAAAAGAAGAGAAAAGGAACUGAACAAGCUCACAACAAUUCUUUCAGAAAGAGAAAAUACGCUCAAAACUCUAACUACAGAAUGUAAGGCUGAUCUGAAGAACCCUGAUUGCAGUCCUGAAUUAAAGGAAAUAGCCAAGGAGGUUAUCGAAGAGAUUGAGCCUCUCGAGGAGAAUCUUGACAAUAUGUCUCAGCGUAUGACCAUGCUUGGCAAUGAGAUCGCUACUUGUCUCGAAAAAUCAGCUAAAACAGAGAUGACCAUUGAAGAAAUCUUCGAGCUUCUCUACUCAAAUGUAGACAUUAAGAAGAAGCUGAAGCUGAUUCUCCAGAACAUCGAUGAGUUCAGCAAGAUGUUGAACGAAUGCCGCAAGAAAUAUCUCCUCAAAAAGGCUGAGUCCCCCAUCAAGAAGAAGUACAAGGCUGCUAAAGGAGAUCAGGUUGAUGAGAUGCUUGGAAACUGGAUCAACUCUCACGGCUGCGAGAUCGAAAUCAAGCGUCUUGGAGGUGGUUUCUACAUGUUUGGAGAGAAGAAAAUCUAUGCUAAAAUCAUUAAUGGUAAACUUAUCAUCAGAGUCGGAGGUGGAUACAUGAACAUUGACGAGUUCAUGCAACAUUACGGAAUGAUGGAGCUUGCUAGACAACAAAGAAUGAUGGAAAUGGAGUACGAGUCUAUUGAUUAUAAUGAUAUUAUGUCUAAAGAUGAUGAAGGAACAAGCACUUCAAGCAAAGGAGCAAUGGGAAUUGCUGAAGCUAAAAAGAACCUUAGAGGCGGAUUAGGUGGUAGCUUUGUUGGCUCAAGGAAAGGAGGUAGUCCGAGAGGUAGCCCUAAAGGUGGGAAAAUCCCAAAGGGUAGCCCUAGAGGAUCAUUUGCAGGCAGACAUGGAAGCCCAAGAAAUAAGACAAUGAAAGCAGGAGGAAGCCCAAAGAAUAACACAUUUAAGCAUCCUCCAAAAGGGAUGCCCUCAGUUUCCAAAAUUGAGGAAUCUCUUAGAAAAAUGGAGAGAGAUGCCCAGAAGGGAAAACUAAAGGAAGGAUAUGAGACUUUGUCCUACAAGAAAUAAUCACUCCAUACUCAAUUCAAUCGCUAAUAAAUUUUAAGGGG